AGUCAGACGAAACUCUGAUACUCGCCAGUUCUCUGAGAGCCAAGUCAAACUUCACCGAGCGAACAUAACGAAAGAAUACAUCUCUGUCAAGAUGAUGCUGUUUUUGGCGCUCGUGCUCUCUGUAGCCACAGCUAUGCCUGCUCCCAGGAAGGGUGAGGAAUACUUUGACACCUUGGACACCAACACUGACGGUAUCAUCACCCUACACGAGGCGGAACAUGAGCUCACUGUGGCUUCCAUCUUCUCGGCCAUGGACGCUGACUGCGACGGUUUCAUCACUCGUGGACAGAUCCUUUUCUACUUCCGUGAAUUCGUGGAAGCGUUUGAUGGGCUGGACCUGAACGGAGACGGUUUCCUGACCGUGCAGGAGGCGGAGACCGCCACAACGAUAGGCCGCAUCUUCGCUUUCUUCGACACCAACGCUGACGGUCAGCUGGAGAGGUGGGAGGCGGACAGGUUGAUCCAGCUCAUCGUGCAGCUGCAGUCCGCCGCUGCCGCACAAGGCACGGCCUGCGCCACCCCUGGCCCCUAAACCCAACACCAACACCAACACAAGGUCGCUUCACUUCGACUGGACACCUACAAAUCACCUGCUGAUGGGUGGCUAUGCCAUUAUGGCCUGUAAUAAAUCACUGAAGUAUU